CUUCGAUGCCACCAAAGUUUCUAUCGCAACAGCUUUGUAUCCUAUGUCAAAAUAGGUUAAACCUGCAACAAACAGGGAAAGUCACAAUCCAACUAGACUUCGUCGCGUGAACAUCAAUACAAUAACACUCGCAACACUACAAUACCACACCGAAUCCUUCCCUGAAUUCUCAACAGAAGCACAAUGAAGCGCAUACAUGUGGAUAACUACGUUCCGAAAUACUAUAGCGGCACGUGGUCAUGGGACUCGAACAAGGAUUCCCUCCACUUCGAGCCGCACAACGAUCUAGAAAACGUAAGGGAACGAUACAUCGUUACCAACGGUUUCAGGUUCUUGCGAACCAUGGACCAGGAGGAGGAACUCAUCUUCCGGCAGGAGUAUAUGCGGGACAAGAACACGUUUGACGGUGAUAUGGUUAUAAUUUCAGAUAUAAUAGAUUUGGUCCUUUAUUUGAUGCCACCCAAUUUUCUGACUUACAAAUUAGUCGAAUUUUUGCACCAACCGCAGGUGGAUCAACUGGUCCACUCCCUUAUUAUAUACUUUGAGCAUUACCUGCGCAUGGUUGAGUUCGUGAUGAUUCGUCGCGAUGAGGUCUCGGGCCAGAUGGCCCAGACGCAGAGUGAGCAGACCAGUGACAUGAAACGCACCUUGUCCGUAUACUUGUCUCAGUAUCGCAUGCUGGUGGCCCGCAACUACUGUGAGAUCUUACAAGACAAAGACAACAUGGCCAAGUUCUACCAUCUGAACAUGGUCGUCAAACUCUCCGAUACGAUCGGUGACAAGUUCUUUCACGAGAAAAUCCUGGCCAUUCUCAUCCAAAUAGUCUGGAUCUCCAUGCACCGCCGGGCGUACUUCGUCAUCGAAAUGGAGAUGAAUCGGCUUUUUCGCUCCGACCAUUUCGUGCCAGCCCACGACGAAUAUCCCGUUUUCUCGCCAAUAGAGCGCAGUCUCCUCUACGGCAGGAACAAGAAGAACGUCAACUAUCGUGCUCAGGAAUCGCCUUUGAUUCAAGAGUUAAAGCUCGUUCCAACGGAGGAUCUGCCCAUUCUGUGGAUAGGAAAGCGCAAGUACCGAGGCACUGACAUUCGCAUUGCUGAGAUGGAACUGGAAUAUAUUGUGCCCGCGUCUCAGCUCUGUUUGAUCGAUGUCGCUCACGGAAUUCUGGGACAUCCCAAGCACAUGUACAACACCAUACUGUCCCUGAAUUGGCCUUCUGUACGCUUUUUAAACUUUUCUGAAGAGUUCGAUCCGUACCGCGUAUUCAGGCAACCGUUAAUAGAGAUUCCGAAAAUGAAUUGGGUCCAGAUCCGCAAGAUGAACGAGCAUUACGAACACUUUUACAGCAUAAGACAGGUGGUUAAGCCUGUGGGAUAUAAACGUAUUGCCAAGUGGGUGAAGCGAAGUGGGAUCAUUGAGUUCUUUAAAUCCGGAGGUCUGAUCACCAAUGUAGUCUCGCGUGCAGAGCAGGAGUUGACAAAGACAUUUGUUCGGCCUAGGGUGGAUCAGAUUGUUGCUCGUUACUUUAAGGUUAUGGGCAACAUGCGCAAGGUCGAAGGUGACUCAGUUAGUCUUUCCCCCUCUCAUCGCAUCAGUAGAGCAUCGACCAAACCAUGAUAUUCAUCUAGAUUCGCAACAUUUCUAAUACAAUUCCACUACAUUUGCAAACAAUUCCAUUCUCAACUUGGUAAAACAUUUAUCCGAAUAAAAACAUUCAUAAAAAAAUAA